CUCUUCAUUGAGUACAUUGUGUCAAUUUUGAAAUAAUGUGUAAUUGCAAAAUAUUUUAUCAUAAAAGCGUUUUCAUGGAAUGCCUAUCUAUAAGUUGUUAAGUUAUUAAUUUUAUUUGGAUAAGGUUUUCAAUCUCAGUUAAUUUAAGUGAUAAAGUAAAAAGUAGGGAAAGAAGUAUUGGAUUUUUUAAUUCCGAAGCCCUAAUUGUGUUUCUAUGGUGUACCCGCAACAUCAAAACAAGUUCACAAUUUAGUUCGUGGUUAUUCGUUGAUGGAUAAUGGCGGCAACCAAUAUUCUUCUACCCGCUUGUAAUUUAAAAUUAAUGUGCCGACUUACGAGGAUACAUCGAGUGCUAUUGUUACAACGUGUAGACAUAUUUUUAGGAUUUCUUAAGAAAUGUCUGACAACGAAGUUGUUAAUGCCUGCUUAGAUGAGGAUUGGCUUGCAGAUUUGAUAAAGGAAUAUGAAAAGGAAGCCACAGAAGAACUUAAUUGGGUGAUCGUAUUUCUGCAGCCAAAAACGCGGCAAACAGUAUGGGAAAUGUGCGCAAUUCUCGACGUUCUCGGUAAAGGUGUUCCCGGUCAGGCCUGCUAUCUGAUGGAGCGCUACCUGGCCAUACAUAUGCGAAAGUUUUUACAGCAAUCACGUAGUGUCGAGGAGUGGAUCACAUACAAGGCUUUGGUCAAUUCACGGUUAAACCAAAUAAUGCUGGGCUGCGUGAUUCUUGCUGGCAAGAUGAUGAGCAACAACCCUUCAUUGGCCGCCAACAUCGUCCAUAACAAUCUAUUGAGAAAGGGCGUAAGAGGCUACUCCAAGAAAGACAUUGUGGAGUUUGAGUUCCAUGUAUUUAAAACUUUAGAUUUCCGCCUUCCUUUGUGGUCGACUCUGGAUACCAGCGAGUACCUGUUGAAGCGUCUAGGAAUCGAACGUGCCAAUGUAGCACUGGCAACGAGCUUGAUGAAUGACUUGGCUGAAUACUAUCGCCAUGACAUAGAUUAUCGUACAAGACUCUGGUCUUUGAGAAAUACGCCGAGUUCUUCUACAUCCUCGUCUAGUAUGCCAUAUCCUAGACGUUUGUAUAAUUUACAUUUCUGCGCGGGCGUGGUGGCAGCUGCCAUCAGGUUCAUGAAUCACCCGAUGGAUUCCCCCUGGGUCAGGCUGGCCCAACUCGUUCGAGCCUGCCCUGCCUACAUCGGUGCUAUUGCAAACGAUAUAUACUGGGUGGCGAUGGCUCCCAACAAGAAAAACAAAUCCCCGGAUCAAAUAGGACCAGCAUCCAAGAGAGUAUGCCAUUAAAAUGAUUAUUUGGUACUAAGGGUACGUUCAAGAUAAGGUGAUGCUGAUUUUAGGUUUCACAAUUUGACUAUAACAAUAAUAAGCAAACCAUGACGAGCUGUACCUUUGAGAUCUAUCAGGAAUCAUCAGACUUUGUGCCAUAUUACAUGUAUUUUGUGUAUAUGUCUGAUAACCAUUAUAUUAUCGUCAUAGUUAAAUGGUGAAACCCACCUUAAUUGGUUUAUUAUAUUGGUGGUGGGUUAUACAUUUGUAUAUAUAUUUAAGUACAUAAGUUUAUUAAUUUACGAAAAUAUGUAUGUAAAGUAAUACAACUUAUCUCUUGUUUAGAACGCUACGAGAGUUACAAAUUUCCUUGGAAAAUAAACUCGCGGUUCUUAUUGUUUUUCGAUGAGAUUUCCAUUUUUUUAUUUUUGUUAGUAUAGGUACCUCCUACCUAUUAUGUUAUUUCGCUUGUGAGUAAGAAACUCCUUCAAGGGUUGGCCAAUCAAAGGUGUGACUUAUUAGGUAUCCAAUGAAUGGAUAGGGUAUACUAUUAGAUAUAAUUUAAGUUUAUUAACUCGUUACAAACUCGUGUUUGUUGCGUCUGAACUGACCCGAACUGAUGUUUACUUUCUUACUGCAUGCAUAGGUACCUGUUUAUCCUGACAUUAUUUGUAAAUUAAUGCGUAGACAUUUUCUGUUUUGCGACCAACAUGUGCAUGCAAACAAUUUUGGUAGAAUCACGUCAAUAGGUGCACUCUUAGAUUGUUUUGUUAUAAGUUGUUGUUAAGGCUUAAUAAAAGUUUAUACAUCCAU